UACUAGGUACCACUCCACCCACAAUUCAUACUGAGACAAGCACCAUGACCAUGGAACCUCCCCGGCGUCCGUCGAGCUCGCUCUUCGAUGUCUUUCUCCGACUGCGCCCUUCCAGCUCUGGGAAUGCGCGAUUCCUCAGUGUUGAAGAAGGCGCGGGAAACCACCCGACCCAUAUUACGAUAAAACCGCCUUCCCACGACAACCGCAAGCGAGCCAUCGAGCGGUUCGCGUUUACCCAGGUCUUCGAGGAGGAGGCGCGGCAAAUGGACUUGUUCAAGGGUAUAGGCGUGGUCCCGAUGAUCGAGGGCGUGCUGGGCGCACCGGGUCAUCAUGGACGAGACGGAUUAUUGGCAACAUUGGGUGUGACAGGCUCUGGAAAGAGGCACACAAUUCUCGGAACCAAGACACAGCGUGGUCUUGUCCAGAUGACGCUCGAUGUCGUCUUCCAAACUUGCGAAGGCCAGCUUGUACAGUCCUUCUACGGAGCCCCAGCUUUCUCAACACUCGCCGCGGCCGAUGUGUCUGAGGCACACAUGUUCACCGCAACCGCCUACUUGGAUUCUCUAUAUGGCGAUAACCAGUCCGAGCGUUUCCCGUCGCGAGCGCAGACUCCCAUGCCGGAUUGUAGCAUCUUCUCCAACGGCGGCACAUCACGUUCCAACAAGAUCCCACGUCCCUCCGUACUACCACAAACUCCUUCUGUCGCGGACAUUAAGGUAUCCUCGGACCCGAGCGCUGAGUACGCGAUCGUCAUUUCUAUGUAUGAAGUGUACAACGAUCGCAUAUUUGACCUUCUGAGUGGAAAUGCGACGAGAAACAAGCAGCCCAACGUCAAGCGCCGAGCGCUGCUCUUCAAGAGCACAGAGCAGAGCCCGGAUCGGAAGGUCGUGGCUGGGCUUACCAAAAUCAUUUGCGGUAGCUUCGAGGAGGCCAUGAUGGUGCUAGAGACUGGCCUCAUGGAGCGAAAGGUCGCAGGAACAGGUAGCAACGCCGUCAGCUCGCGUAGCCACGGCUUCUUCUGCGUGGAAGUCAAGAAGCGAAAUGCAGAACGAAAGGGCUCGUGGUCAAGCAGCAAUUUGACCAUCGUCGAUCUGGCUGGCUCGGAGCGUGCUCGAAAUGCAAAGACUGCUGGCGAGACACUUGCUGAGGCUGGCAAGAUCAACGAGUCCCUUAUGUAUCUGGGUCAGUGCAUGCAGAUGCAGUCUGAUAACCAAGGAGGCUCCAAGAACAUUGUUCCUUUCCGCCAAUGCAAACUUACAGAACUCCUCUUCUCGAACUCAUUCCCAUCGUCGACCCGCCAAACACAACAGCACCAACAUCACCAACCUCAGAAGUCAAUCAUGGUCGUCACGGCUGACCCUCAAGGCGACUUCAAUGCUACUUCCCAAAUCCUUCGCUAUUCCGCCCUUGCACGCGAAGUAACAGUUCCUCGAAUACCUUCUACAACAGCCACUAUUCUCUCCGGCGUACCACUCAAGGCGACCACCACCUCAUCAGGUCGAACCACCCCCUCCGCUGUGCUCGAAGAACUCGAGAGUGCCAACGCCGAAAUCGCCCGUCUAACUGCAGAAGUCGAAGUCUUCGCUCUCCGUCUCUCGGAGGAAACGGCCCGCCGCAGAGCUGCAGAAAGCUCCUGGGCCGCUGCAGAAGACCACAUGGUGGACCUUGAGCAGGAAAUUCGCGAUGACUGUUAUCUCGAGUUGGAGACGGCAGUCGAUCAAGAGCGCCGACGCUGGCAAGCCGCCCUCGACAACGAAAAGGACAACCAGCAAGCACAUUUAGACAACAAGAUUGAUGUUGUUAUAAAAGCGACGAAGGCGCAGAUGCGACAAGAGAUUAAAGUGUACGAGGAUCCGGAUCCAGAAUUAAGGGAUAGGAUAGACGAGCUGGAGCGCGAGAAUGAGUUGCUUCGGGCUAGAGUAGACGCGAAAGAUCGCGAAGUACAGUACAGAUCUGCCAGCCCGGUCAGGAAGAUGAGGGUUCUAAAGACGAAGAAGUGGGUUGAUCCAGAGAGUACUAUGGGGUGUGAUGAUAUUUGAAGGAGGCUAAUGUGGUGAGGUUAAUUAAUGUCUGAUGAAGUGUGUAUAGCGUGGCGUUGGCGGCGUUCCUACUUGAUAAACUAUACCACGCUUUUAUUCUUUUCUCUUCGAAUGCGAUUCACGACCUUGUUAAGGGUAUGAAGACUCCUAUCUGCUCUAUCACAUAUAGAAACAAGUAUAACUUUUUAAUAUAUAUAGUAAGGCAG